GGGGUUUUUUUCGAAAUGCCGGUAGCCGAGAUGCUGCCGGAAAAAGCUUCCGGUAAAAACAAUUUAAAAAUUGAUAUAAAUAAUAAUAAAAAUAAUUAUUAUAAAUUUUUAUUAUUAAAUAAAAAUUUAAGAACUUUUGAAUUUUUUUAUUUGGCUAUAAUAUUUAUUGGAUUAAUACAAGGAUGUUUUGGACACAAAAUUGCCGAAGAUGGAAUUUCUGGCUGCGCCCCAGGAAUGUUCAGGUGUCAUGAUGGAAAGUGCAUAUAUUCAACAUCAGUUUGUAACUAUCAAAAAGACUGUGAAAAUGCCGAGGACGAAAUGCAAUCAUGUCCACCACCUGAAUGUGAAGUUGGACAGCUAUCUUGUAAUCAAUAUAUUUUUAACAAGACAUAUUGCAUACCACCACAUCAAAGAUGUGACAUGACUGUUGAUUGUGUUGAUGGUACUGAUGAAGCUGGUUGCACAUACAGAAAAUGUCAACACGAAGAUUUUAAAUGCAACGGUAUAACACCAGAACUUUGUAUACCAAAAGAUAAAAAAUGUGAUGGCUAUUUAGAUUGUCGAAAUGGUAAAGAUGAAGAAAAUUGUCCAGCAAGUAUUAAACCAGCAUGCAGAUUGGAUCAAUUUAAAUGUAAUUCAACUCAUCAAUGUGUUGAACAAAGUGCAAGGUGUAAUCACAAGGACGAUUGUGGUGAUAAUAGUGACGAGGAACAUUGCAGUUUUCCACAAUGUACAAGUAAUCAAUUUCGUUGUGCAAAUGCACUAUGUAUACCAUCAAAAUAUCAGUGUGAUGGACAUAUUGAUUGUCAUGAUGGUUCUGAUGAAAAAUCCUGUACAGUAACAGUAUGCCCUGGUAACAAAUUCAUGUGUCCAAAAGGUCAAGAUGGGAAACCAUUGUGUAUUGAAAAAUCCCAAUUAUGUGAUGGUAAACAAGAUUGUGCUGAUGGUGCUGAUGAAGAAGCAGCAUGUUCAACGACAAUGUGUUCAACACUUGGUUGUCAAUAUAAAUGUCAAGCAUCACCAAUUGGUGGUGUAUGUUAUUGCCCAGAAGGACGUGUACUUGCUAAUAAUUCUGGUAAUUGUAUUGAUCGUGAUGAAUGUAAUGAAUGGGGUUAUUGUGAACAAUUAUGUGAAAAUACUGAUGGUUCAUAUAUAUGUAAAUGUGCACAGGGUUAUACAUUAAAUGGUAGAAAUAAAUGUCGUGCAAUACAUGAUUUUCAUAGACCAGAAAAUAGUCAAACAGAAUUAUUAUUAGCACAAGAUGAAGCUCUAUGGCGUAUGAAUGUUAAUGGAAAUAAUCGUACAAUAAUUGCAAAUACAACAAGUGCAAGUGGCAUUGAUUAUUUAUAUUCUGAUAAUUUAAUAUUUUGGAGUGAUGUUAAAACAAGAAGAGUACAUUCACAAUCAUUGGGUAUUGCUGGUGAUGAUGUUGGUACCAUUGAAGAUAAUGAACAAAUUGAUAUAUCAUUACCAGGUUCAUGGUCACCAGUUGCAAUUGCUGUUGAUUUUAUUGGUAGAAAAUUGUAUGUUGUUGAUUCAAUUGUACAAAAAAUUGAUGUAUUUGAACUUGAUGGUCAUUUUCAUGGAAUUGUACUUGGUUCAAAUUUAACAAGUCCAGCUGAUAUUGCACUUGAUCCAACAGUUGGUUUAAUGUUUAUUGCUGAUAAUAAACAAAUAUUACGUUCAAAUAUGGAUGGUACAUCAUCAUAUCCAAUAAUAACUGAGGCAGCAUAUCGUGUAUCUGGUAUUGCUGUUGAUAUGAUUGUCAAAAGAAUAUAUUGGUGUGAUUCAUUACUUGAUUAUAUUGAAACAUCUGAUUAUAAAGGUGGCAAAAGAGUUAUGAUAUUACGUGGUGCAAAUGUACCAUCACCAAUAAGAUUAUCUGUAUUUGAAAAUCGUGUUUAUUGGUCAGAUAGUAUUAAACAAUCGCUAAUGUCUGUUGAUAAAAAUCAAGGUGAAUAUAGUGUACAAACAAUAUUUAAAAUACGUGAUGCUAAAGCAAUUAAAGUACUACAUCCACUUGUACAAUCAACAAAUAAUAUUAAAAAUCCAUGUGGUAAUAAUAAUGGUGGUUGUCAACAUAUGUGUAUUAUAACAGCACCUGGUGGACGUGAAAAUGGUUUAGCAUAUCGUUGUGCAUGUAAUAUUGGCUGGAAAUUAUCAGCUGAUUUACGUAAUUGUAAUCGUGUACAAGAAUUUUUAAUGUAUUCACAACAACGUUUUAUAAAAGGACGUAUUCUAGAUCCAUUUAUUGAAGGUUUUAGUGAUGCAAUAUUACCAGUUGUAUCAAGACGUGCUAGAUUUGUUGGUCUUGAUUAUGAUGCACAUGAUGAAUAUAUAUAUUACAGUGAUGUAUUACAAGAUGUUAUUUAUCGUGUACAUCAAAAUGGUACUGGUAGAGAAAUUGUAUUGGCAUCACAAAAUGAAGGUGUUGAAGGUCUUGCUGUUGAUUGGGCUGCUAAAAAUUUAUAUUAUAUUGAUUCACGUAAAGGUACAUUAAAUGUAUUAAGUACUAAAAAUAUAACAUAUCGUAGAACGCUAUUAAAAAAUUUAAAAAGACCAAGAGCUAUUGUUAUACAUCCAAAUCAUGGUUAUAUAUUUUUUUCUGAAUGGGAUCGUCCAGCAAAUAUAAGUCGUGUACAUGCUGAUGGUACAAAUUUAAUUGUAUUUAAAAAUUUAACACUUGGUUGGCCAAAUGGUUUGGCUAUUGAUUUUAUUAAAAAUCGUUUAUAUUGGUGUGAUGCAUUACUUGAUCAUGUACAACAUUCAAAUCUUGAUGGUAAUGAUGUUAAAACAAUAAGUCCACGUUUAAUACGUCAUCCAUUUUCAUUAGCAAUACAUGAAAAAUGGAUGUAUAUUACUGAUUGGCGUUUAGAUGCUAUUAUUAAAUUAAAUAAAGAAACUGGUGAUAAUGAAAUGAUACUUGUACGUGAACCACCAACAAAUCGUCUUUAUGGUGUUAAAGUAUAUAGCAGAGAAAUACAAACAAUACUUGAUCAUCCAUGUAGUAUUAAUAAUGGUGGUUGUGAAAAAUUAUGUUUUGGUAUACCAACAACAACACAAAAUGGAUCAUCAUCAUCAUCAUCAAGAUCAUUACCAUUAUUAACGAGAGUUUGUGGUUGUCCAUAUGGUGAAAGAUUAACACCAAAUGAAAGAACAUGUACAUCUGAUCCAGACUCUGAACCACCAGUACAAUCAUGUCCAAAUUCAUGGGAUUUUACAUGUGCAAAUCAACGUUGUGUACCACAAUCAUGGGUAUGUGAUGGUGAUGAUGAUUGUCUUGAUAAUAGUGAUGAAAAUCAAAAUUGUACAAAACCAACAUGUGGACCAAAUGAAUUUCAAUGUAAAUCUGGUAGAUGUGUACCAUUAAGUUUUAAAUGUGAUUCAGAAAAUGAUUGUGGUGAUUAUAGUGAUGAAAUAGCAUGUCCAAAUAUAACAUGUAGCUCAAGUCAAUUUACAUGUGAUAAUAAUCGUUGUAUACCAUCAACAUGGAAAUGUGAUUCAGAAAAUGAUUGUGGUGAUAGUUCAGAUGAAGGACCAUUAUGUGCUGCUAAAACAUGUUCAUAUUUUCAAUUUACAUGUCCAAGAUCUGGUCAUUGUAUACCACAAACAUGGGUAUGUGAUGGUGAUAAUGAUUGUUUUGAUCAACAAGAUGAAAUGAAUUGUCCACCAGUAACAUGUUUAUCAACUCAAUUUACAUGUGCUGAUCAAAAAAUGUGUAUAUCCGAAACAUAUAAAUGUGAUGGUUUACCAGAUUGUAAUGAUGGUAGUGAUGAAGUUGGUUGUCCAUCAUUAUCACCAGAUCAAUGUAAUCCAGAUAAACAAUUUCAAUGUGUUAGCUCUGGUGUAUGUAUACCAAAAACAUGGUUUUGUGAUAAAACACCAGAUUGUAAUGAUAAAUCAGAUGAACCAGAUACAUGUGAUCAACAUAAUAAUGAAUGUAGUAAUGGUUACUUUAAAUGUGUUACACCAAUAAAUCAAUCAUGUGUAUUUAAAACAUAUAUAUGUGAUGGUAAAGAUGAUUGUGGUGAUGGCUCUGAUGAAGAUUCAUUGCUGCAUGGUUGUGGACCACCACCAUUCAAGUGUGAAUCAAAUCAAUGGAAAUGUCCAAAUGUAACUGAUCGUUGUGUUGAUAUUAAAAUGGUAUGUGAUGGUAAAGUUGAUUGUCCAAAUGGUGCUGAUGAAGGUAUUGGUUGUGAUUUAGGUGAAUGUACACAUCGUGGUGGACGUUGUAGUAAUGAUUGUAUUGAAACACCAAUUGGUGCACAAUGUAUAUGCCCAUCUGGUGAAGAAUUAUCACGUGAUGAAUAUACAUGUCAAGAUUUUGAUGAAUGUGAUCCACCAGGUAGAUGUUCACAAACAUGUACAAAUACAAAAGGUAGUUAUUUUUGUACAUGUGGUGAUGGUUAUAAAUUAGAAAAUGAUAAUCAUACAUGUAAAGCACUAAAUCAUUCAGCAGCAUUUUUAAUAAUAUCAAAUAGACAUACAAUAUUAGUUGCUGAUUUACAUGAUCAAGCACUUGAAAGAGUCCCAAUUAAUGUUGAAAAUGUUGUUGCAACAGCAAGUAAUAUGCAUACUGGUACAAUAUUUUGGUCAGAUAUGAAGCUAAAAAAAAUAUCACGCUUAGAAAGAGGUGGUGAUCCACAAGAUGUUAUAUCAACUGGUCUUGAUCUUGUUGAGGGUCUUGCAUAUGAUUGGAUUGGAAAAAAUUUAUAUUGGCUUGAUUCAAAAUUAAAUACAAUUGAAGUUGCUAAAGAAAGUGGUUUAAAUCGUAUGGUAUUAGUUAAAGAAAAUAUAACACAACCAAGAGGUAUGUGUCUUGAUCCAAGUCCAAAAACAAGAUGGUUAUUUUGGACAGAUUGGGGUGAAAAUCCACGUAUUGAAAGAAUUGGUAUGGAUGGUACAAAUCGUUCAACAAUAAUUAGUACAAAAAUAUAUUGGCCAAAUGGACUAGCACUUGAUACAGCAAAUAAAAGAAUUUAUUUUGCUGAUAGUAAACUUGAUUUUAUUGAUACAUGUCGUUAUGAUGGUUCACAACGUAUACAAGUAUUAGCAAGUUCACAUUAUUUAUUACAUCCACAUUCAUUGACACUAUUUGAAGAUACAAUGUAUUGGACUGAUCGUCAAUUGAAUCGUGUAUUAUCUGCUCAUAAAUUUAAAGGUGUCAAUCAAACUGUUGUAUCACAUUUAAUAUCACAACCUUUGUCAAUACAUGUACAUCAUCCUGUGCUGCAACAGCUGUAUGAUAAUCCAUGUGAUAAUGCAACAUGUCAACAUCUGUGUUUAUUAUCACCAAGUGAUAAACGUGGCUACAGUUGUAAAUGUCUAGUUGGCUAUAAAUUAAUUGUUGACAGUGGCAAUUGUAUUGAAGAAGAAACACCAUUCUUGAUGAUAUUACGUGGUACACAAAUUGUUGAUGUAUCAUUAAUACCAAAAAAUAGUAAUACCGGUUUUAUAACACCAAUUGUUGGUGUUGAUGGUGGUACAUUAAUUGAUUAUGAUCGUCAAAAUCAUACAAUAUAUUGGCUACAAACAAAAGACGGUGAUGAUGAAAAUGGUACAAUAUAUACAAUACCAUAUACUGGUGGAAAUAAAACAGAAUUUCCAAAUCCAAAUGGUGAUUCUGGUAUUGUUGGUUCACCAUCAACAAUGGCAUUUGAUUGGCUUGGUAGAAAUUUAUUUAUCGGUAAUAAAAUUGCAUCAAAUAUUGAAGCAAUUAAAGUUGAUACUGUUGAUAAAUAUCGUACAGUUAUUAUUGCAAAUGAUGGCAAUAAAACAUCUGUAUCACGUCCAAAAUCAAUGUGUCUUGAUCCAUUAGAUGGUUAUAUAUUUUGGAUUGACGAGGGUGGUAAUGGUGUUAAUGAAAAAAUUGGUAGAAUUAAUAUGAAUGGUGAAAAUUCAUUGAUACUAGUUGAUGAUACAAAUAGACUUGAAGCAAUAACAAUUGACAUACCAACAAAAACAGUAUAUUAUAGUUCACAAAAUCCAAGUUUUGUUAAAUCAAUGUCAUCUGAUGGACAAAAUAAACGUACAAUAUUAACACGUAUUAAUAAUAUUGCAUUACCGAAAUCACUUGCUGUACAUGAAUCAAAGCUAUAUUAUCUUGAUCCAUUGUAUGAUAAAAUUGAACGAGUUGAUUUACCAUAUGGUAGUAAUCCAGUAAUUAUGAUUGACAAUGAAUCAACACUUAAAACACUUGUUAUAUAUAAAAAACGUGCAAUUGGUUCACAUCCAUGUUUAGAAAAUAAUGGAGGCUGUGAACAGCUAUGUUUACCGUCAAUUGGUGGCUCAAGAGUAUGUGCAUGUUCAAUGGAAUAUAAAAUGAUUAAUAAUACAAAAUGUGAACCAUAUAAAACAUUUGCUGUUGUAACACAAUUAGAUGUUGCACGUGGUUAUAGUUUAACUGAUUCAAAAGAAGCAAUGAUACCAAUAACUGGACCAGGACAUCAUAUAUUACAUAUUGAUGUUCAUUAUUCAGAAAAUUGGAUAUAUUGGGUUGAAUUUAAUCGUGGUUUAUGGAAUGGUAUAUUUCGUAUACGUCCAAAUGGAACUGAAAUAACAUCAAUUGUUAAAUAUGGCAUUGGUUCAAAUGGUAUAAGAGGUCUUACCAUUGAUUGGAUUGCUGGUAAUAUUUAUUUUUCAAAUGUAUUUCCACAUGAUAAUUAUGUUGAAGUAUGUAGAUUAGAUGGUAGUUUUAGAAAAGUAUUAGUUAAAACAACAACAGAUGCACCACGUGAACUUGCUGUUAAUCCAAUUAAAAAAUUACUAUAUUGGAUUGAUUAUGGACAAUAUCCAAGAAUUGGUAAAUCAAAUUUAGAUGGUAAAAAUUGGAUGCCAAUAGUAACAUCUGGUAUAAGUACACCAAGAGAUAUUACAAUUGAUUUUUCAACACAUGAUGUUUAUUGGGUUGAUUCAAAACUUGAUGUUAUACAAAAAGUAACAUGGAGCGGUGGUAAUCAACAAACAAUUAGAAGAAAUUUACCAAAUCCAAUGGGUAUUGCUAUUUACGGUAAUGAUGUUUAUUGGGUUGAUAGAAAUUUAGCAACUGUAUUUAAAGCAACAAAAUUACCAGGUGACGUUUCAUUACCAACAUUAGUACGUACAAAUUUACCAAAAUUACGUGAUAUAUCAAUAUUUGAUGAAACAAAUCAGCCAAAAGAUGACAGUAAUCCAUGUUCAAAAACAUUAAAUGGUGGCUGUCAACAAUUAUGUUUUGCAUAUCCAAAUGAAACAGAGGCACGUUGUGAUUGUGCAACUGGUAAAUUAUCAAAUGACAAUAAAAAAUGUGAAAAUAUUGAUGAAUAUCUUGUAUUUGCAACAAGAACUGAAAUACGUGGAAUAAAUUUAGAUUUACAAUCAACAAAUAUACCAUUUAAACCAAUUGGUAAUUUAACAAAUGUCGUUGGUAUUGAUUUUGAUUAUGAUGAUAAAAAAUUAUUAUUUACACAAAUACGUCCAUGGGCAAAAAUAGCAUGGUUAUCAUCAGAUAAUUUUAUGAAAAAUGAUAUACAUACAAUAAUUGGUAAAGGUAUUAAUCCCGAGGGUAUAUCAUAUGAUUGGACACAAAAAAAAAUAUACUGGACAGAUUCAUCAAAUAAUAGUAUAUAUGCUAUGAAUUUAGACGGUAGUGAUCUUGUUAUGAUAACACGUGUUGAUCGUCCAAGAGCAAUUGUUGUUGAUCCAUGUAAUGGUACAUUGUAUUAUACUGAUUGGGGACGUUUUGGUACAUCUGGUAAAAUAUAUCGUACAACAAUGGCUGGUUCAUUAAAAAAAGCUAUUAUUGAUAAAGAUUUAUCACAACCAAGUGGUUUAGCAAUUGAUUAUGAUGAAAAAAUGUUAUAUUGGACAGAUGCUGUGCGUGAAAAAAUUGAACGUUCUGAUUUAAAUGGUAAAAAUCGUGAAGUACUUGUAUCAGCAACAAUAUAUCCAUUUGCAAUAACAGUAUUUCGUGAACAUAUUUAUUGGACUGAUUUACAAUUACGUGGUGUUUAUAGAGCUGAAAAAUAUACUGGUGCAAAUAAAAUUGAAAUGGUUAAACGUUUAGAUGAUUCACCACGUGAUUUACAUAUAUAUUCACCAUUAAAACAACAAUGUAAUGUUAAUCCAUGUAAUAUUAAUAAUGGUGGUUGUGAUAAAUCAUGUCAUCCAGGACCAAAUAAUAAAUCAGAAUGUAAAUGUGAUGAUAAUAGUCGUCUUGUUAAUGAAGAACGUAUGUGUGUAUCUAAAAAUGUAACAUGUGAUAGUAAUAAAUUUUCAUGUAGAAAUGGUAGAUGUAUAUCAAGAAUGUGGGCAUGUGAUGGAGAUGAUGAUUGUGGUGAUGGUACAGAUGAAGAUGUUAAUUAUUGUUCAUAUCAUUCAUGUAGUCCAAAUGAAUAUAGAUGUAAAAAUGGACGUUGUAUAUUUAAAUCAUGGAAAUGUGAUCAUGAAAAUGAUUGUCGUGAUGGUAGUGAUGAAGAAAAUUGUGUAUAUCCACCGUGUGCUAAUGGUGAAUUUACAUGUGCAAAUUAUAGAUGUAUACCACAAUCACAAGUAUGUAAUGGUGUUAAUGAUUGUAAAGAUAAUGUAACAUCUGAUGAAACACAUGAACGUUGUCCAAGAAAUAAUACAUGUCCACCAAAUCAUUUACAAUGUAAAACAACAAAUAUAUGCGUUGAGCCAUAUUGGUUGUGUGAUGGUGAUAAUGAUUGUGGUGAUAAUAGUGAUGAAGAUCCAAUACAUUGUUCACAACGUACAUGUCCACAAAGUAGUUUCCGUUGUCCAAAUCAUCGUUGUAUACCAGCAACAUGGUAUUGUGAUGGUGAUGAUGAUUGUCUUGAUGGUAGUGAUGAACCACCAGGUUAUUGUCAAUCAGAAGGACGUACAUGUUUUGGUGAUUUAUUUACAUGUGACAAUGGUAAUUGUAUACCAAGAAUAUAUAUAUGUGAUGGUGAUAAUGAUUGUCUUGAUAAUUCUGAUGAAGAUGAACGUCAUCAAUGUAAUGAUCGUAAAUGUGAUGAAGAUACAGAAUUUACAUGUGAUGCUAAUAAAGUAUGGAAUCGUGCACAAUGUAUACCUAAAAAAUGGCUAUGUGAUGGAGAUCCAGAUUGUGUUGAUGGAGCUGAUGAAAAUGUUACAAUGCAUCAUUGUACACCAGCACCACCAUGUGCUGAUAAUCAAUUUAAAUGUGAUAAUGGUAGAUGUUUAAAUAAAAAUUGGCUAUGUGAUCAUGAUAAUGAUUGUGGCGAUGGUAGUGAUGAAGGUAAAUUUUGUAAUUCACAAUAUAAAAAAUGUACAGCACUUGAAUUUACAUGUCAAAAUUUUAAAUGUAUAAGAUUACAAUAUCGUUGUAAUGGACAAGAUGAAUGUGGUGAUCAUUCAGAUGAAGUUAACUGUCCAUCACGUGGUGGUGGUAGAAAUAUAACAUGUCCAAAUACAAAUGAAUUUAGAUGUACAAAUGGACAAUGUAUUGAUCAAUCAUUAGUAUGUAAUAAAGAACCAGAUUGUUCAGAUGAAAGUGAUGAGCCAGCACAUUGCAAUGUUGAUGAAUGUGCUAGAGUUGAAUUAAAUCAGUGUGGACAUAAAUGUAUUGAUACACCAACAUCAUAUUAUUGUGAUUGUCAAGUGGGCUAUAAAUUAUUAGAAGAUGGUAAAGCAUGUGCUGAUAUUAAUGAAUGUAUUGAUACACCACAAGUAUGUAGUCAACAAUGUGAAAAUACACCUGGUAGUUUUUAUUGUAAAUGUAAUGAAAAAUGGUAUGAUAGAGCUGCUGAUGAACAUACAUGUAAAAGACGUGAUAAUAUUACACCAUGGAUUGUAUUUACAAAUAAAUAUUAUGUACGUAAUAUGUCAAUUGAUGCAUCAAAUUAUAGUUUAAUGCAUCAAGAUUUAAUAAAUGUUGUUGCACUUGAUGCUGAUUAUUUAACUGAAACAAUAUAUUUUUGUGAUGUUACGGCUAAAACAAUAUUCCGUGCACCACUUGCUGGCGGUGAAAGAGAAGCAAUAAUUCGUCAUGAUAGUUUAGGUCUUGAGGGUAUAUCAAUUGAUUGGAUUGGAAGAAAGCUCUAUUGGCUUGAUAGACAUGCAAAACAUUUAGAUGUUGCUGAACUUGAUGGUUCAAAUAGAAAAACAUUGCUAAAAGGUAUAUCUGAUCCACGUGCAAUUGUUGUACAUCCUGGUACUGGUUAUUUAUAUUUUACAUCAUGGCAUUUACAAGCAUACAUUGGUAAAAUGGGAAUGGACGGUAGUAAUUUUACACGUAUAUUAACAUGGGAAGAUGAUAUUGCAUGGCCAAAUGCAUUAACAAUUGAUUACUUUACUGAUAAAAUAUAUUGGGCAGAUGCACAUCUUGAUUAUAUUGCAUUUGCUGAUUUAGAAGGACAUAAUCGUCGUAUUGUAUUAUCUGGACAAACAGUACCACAUGUAUUUGCAAUAACUGUAUUUGAUGAUCAUAUAUUUUGGACAGAUUGGAAUUUAAAAGCAAUAAGUAGAGCUGAUAAAUUUUCUGGUAAUAAUUUACGUGUACUUAGAAAUACAACACAUCGUCCAUAUGAUAUACAUGCAUAUCAUCCAUUACGUCAAUUACCAUAUAAUAAUCCAUGUGGACAAAAUAAUGGUGGUUGUUCACAUUUAUGUUUAAUAUCACCACCAGCAUCAUCAUAUUUAUUAGAAGGUUAUGGACAACCAGGUGUAACAUCAUACACAUGUUCAUGUCCAAAUCAAUUUAUACUUAAUAAUGAUAAUAAAACAUGUCGUUCAAAUUGUACUGAUGGACAACAUCGUUGUGGACCACCAGAAGAUAAAUGUAUACCAUGGUUUUGGAAAUGUGAUGGUGAACGUGAUUGUAAAGAUGGAUCAGAUGAAUCAACAAUAUGUCCAGCAAGAGUAUGUCGUCCAGGUGUAUUUCAAUGUGAUAAUGGUAAUUGUACACCAAGUGUUACAAUAUGUGAUGGUAAAGAUGAUUGUAGUGAUAAAAGUGAUGAAAAAAAUUGUAAACUUGAAUGCUCAGAACUUGAAUUUAAAUGUAAAUCAAAUGGUAGAUGUAUACAUUCAUCAUGGCAAUGUGAUGGUGAUGCUGAUUGUAUUGAUGGCAGUGAUGAAGAUCCAGCAAUAUGUCAUAAUAAAACAUGUGAUCCAGAUACUGAAUUUAAUUGUAAAAAUGGUAAAUGUAUACCAAAAUUAUGGAUGUGUGAUUUUGAUGAUGAUUGUGGUGAUGAUAGUGAUGAACCAGCAUUUAUUUGUCGUCAAAAAAAUUGUACAAAUGGAUGGCAACGUUGUCCAGGACAAUCAAAUUAUCGUUGUAUACCAAAAUGGUUGUUCUGUGAUGGUAAAGAUGAUUGUCGUGAUAAAUCAGAUGAAUUGCCAGAAAAUUGUCCAAUAUGUGAUGAUAAAAAUGAAUUUAAAUGUUCAAAUAAUCGUUGUGUACCAAAACAAUGGCUAUGUGAUUUUGCUGAUGAUUGUGGUGAUGGAAGUGAUGAGAGUGAUGCUGUUUGUAAGGGUAAAUAUCGUGAAUGUUCAGAAUCAGAAUUUAAAUGUGGAAAUGGUAAAUGUAUUGCAUCAAGAUGGAGAUGUGACAAUGAAGAUGAUUGUGGUGAUAACAGCGAUGAAGUAGAUUGUCAUGUAUUUGUUUGUCAGAAUGAUACAUUCCAAUGUGCAAGUGGCCACUGUAUAUCAUCAUUUUUACGUUGUGAUGGAACACGAGAUUGUCGUGAUGCAAGUGAUGAAAUUCAUUGUCCACCAAGAUAUCCUGAUGGACGUUAUUGUCCACAAUCAAGAUUCCAAUGUGACAAUAAUCUUUGUGUAUCACUCUCUGAUAGAUGUGAUGGUAGUGAUGAUUGUGGUGAUGCAUCCGAUGAAAGUCCAGUUCUAUGUGCCAACUUUACGUGUGAUGUUCAGCGUAGAUUCCAAUGUAAUAAUCAUCGUUGUAUACCACGUUAUCAACUCUGUGAUGGUAUUGAUAAUUGUGGUGAUGGUUCAGAUGAAAAUAAUUUAACAAUGUGUGCUAAAAGAAUACGUCCAUGUGAUCCAAAUAACGAAUAUCAAUGUGCAAAUAAAAAAUGCAUUGAAAGAAUAAAAUUAUGUGAUCAUCAUGAUGAUUGUGGUGAUGAAUCAGAUGAACGGGGUUGUCAUUCAGAUAAACAAUGUAAUCCAACAAAUAAAGGUGGUUGUUCACAUUAUUGUCAAAAUAUACAUAAUGAUACUGGUUAUAUUUGUGCUUGUUAUCCUGGUUAUAUAAUAUCUGUUGAAAAUAAUAAACAAUGUGUUGAUGUUGAUGAAUGUACAGCUGGUACACAUCAUUGUUCACAAUUAUGUACAAAUAGUAAAGGUGGUUUUUCAUGUUCAUGUCAUGAUGGUUUUAAACUUGUUGAUAAUCACAGUGGUGUUUGUCGUGCAAAUGAUGAAAAUGGUGAAUUAUUAUUUUCAACUGGUACAGAAAUACGUUCAAUAAAUGUACAUAAAAAUGAUGAAUCAUCAAUUAUAACAAACGAAAAACGUAUACGUUCAAUUGACAUUGAUCCAAAAAUGGAAUUAAUAUUUUGGAUUGACUCCCAUGAUAAUACAAUAAAACGUUCAUACAUGAUUAAUGCUAAAAAUGGUCUAGCUAAAAUUGGAUACGCACAAGAUUUAAAUAUUAAAAGUGAUUCAAAACCAACAAGUCUAGCGGUUGAUUGGAUUGAAGAUAAUAUAUAUUGGGGUGAGAUUGAUCCAACUGGUAUACAUCAAUAUGGUAGAAUAAUGGUAUCAAAAACAGAUGGACGUUAUAGACGUUCAUUAAUAACAUCAAAUAUUGAAAAUCCAUCAUCAAUUGCUGUUAAUCCAGAAAUUGGACGUAUUGUAUGGACAAAUAUUGGUAAUCAGCCAAAAAUUGAAACAUCAUGGAUGGAUGGUAAUAAACGUAAAAUUUUAGUCAAUGAUAAACUUGGUAAACCAUCAUCAAUUGUCAUUGAUUAUACAAUGGACAAUACAAUAUAUUGGUCUGACAGUAAAUUAAAUACAAUUGAAUCAAUAAAUAUGGAUGGCACCAAUAGAAAAAUAAUAUUACGUGGUGAUACACUUAAACAUCCAAUAUCAAUUGAUAUAUUUGAAAAUAAUUUAUAUUGGACAACAAAAUAUACUGGUGAAUUAAUAAAACAAGAUAAAUUUGGUCGUGGUGUACCUGAAAUAAUAAUUAAAAAUAUUAUUGUACCUGGUGGAAUUAAAAUAUAUCAUCAAUUACGUUAUAAUACAACAAUUAGAAAUUCAUGUUAUAAUUCACAAUGUAGUCAUCUUUGUGUUGCUGUACCAGCUGGUUCAAAAUGUUUAUGUCCAGAUAGUGCUGGACCAAGAUCAUUACAAGCUAGUGAACGUAUUUGUGAUGCAUCUGUUGAAAGACCAAAACCAUCACCAAGAAUAUGUCAAUGUCAAAAUGGUGGUAUAUGCCAACAAUCAGAUGAAAAUGAACUUGUUUGUGCUUGUAUUGAAAAUUAUCAUGGUGAACAUUGUGAAAUUAAUUUAACAUUAACAAGAAAUCAUAAUACUGUUACAGCAAUAUUUGUACCACUUGUUGUUGCAUGUUUAAUUUUACUUUCUGCAAUUGCAAUAUUUAUUGUACUAAAAAAACGACCAUUUGGAAAGACAGUAGGACUAGGUGGUUUAACAGCUCAAAGUGUUUCAUUUAGACAAGGAACAAAUAUUGAAUUUAAUGGUCCAGCUCAUGAAAGAAUGGAACCACUUGAUGUUGAAUACAAUAUGAGUGAUGUUGGUGUUAAAAAUCGUGAUUUUAGUAAUCCAAUGUAUGAUGCAGUUGUAUUGGAAGCAACAAAUGGUACAAGUAGUUCAAUAUAUGAAGUACCAGCUGAAAUGAAACCAUCAAGUAUCCAACACAAAGAACCACCACAGUUACAUUUAAAAAGACGUGAAUUAGAUCCAACUAAUAAUGACUCAGGCAAAGACACUCAACAAUUAGUAGAAGAAGAUAAAUCAGAGUGUUAGAUUUUAUUUUUAUAUAGUAUAAUGACUAAAGAAAAUAUUAAAUAAUUUUAUCUUCUAUCUUUUAUAAUUUUAGUAGAUAAAGUGCUCUUAUAUUUAUUGUAGCUUGAAUAGUGUAAAUUAAUUAUCAAUUUAAUUUGAAUGGUUGUUGGAUAUUAUAUAUAUAUUUUAAAUAUAAAUUACAUUUUUUUUAUUUUCUAUUUAGCUAUUCAAGCUACAAUUAAACUACACUAUUGUGUCAUUAUUAUUAUUUUUUUUUCUCUUUUUUUUAAAAAAAAUAAGGUGUGAUUUUUAUAAGUCUUGUAAAUAUUUAAUUAUUACAAAGAAGAAAAAAAAAAUAUAUUUCUAUCAUGUUAUGUACCAUAAAAAAUACGCGCAACCAUUUUAACAUUCCAUAUUUUUUUUUUUCAAUAUUAUAUACAAGAAAAUAUGAUAAUAAUAUUUUUUAAAGCUAUUAAUAAUAAUUAUUAUUAAAAAAUGGAAAAAAAUAACAAAAAAAAAAAAGAAUAUAUAAGUGCAACCAAAUGCAUAUUGGGACCAAUCGUAAUUAUAAAAAAAAAAAAUAAAUAAAUAUUUUUAUACGAAUGGAACUGAAAGAAAAAUAAAAAUAUUUAUAUUAUUAUUAUAGAAUAAUGAAAAUUAAAAAGUAAAUAAAUAUAUUUAUAUAUUUAAUGUGUAAACCAAAAUCAAUUAGUUGAUUUUAAUAAUUAAAUCAAUUUUUUUUUUAAUUUCUUUUUUCUCUUGAUAUGUUCUGUUAAAAUUUUAUUAAUUAUAUUGUAGAUUUUAUAGAAAAUCAAUUGAAGAUAGAAACAAAAGAAAAAUAAAUAAAUAAAAAAAUAAAAAUAUGUUAUAUAAAUAAAUGUUUUUUGAUGUAAGUAUUUCAAAGCUCAGAAAAUUUUUUAUUUGAUCGGCCUCAACAAUGUUGAUUGUACAUUUAUUAUUAUUAUUAUUAUUUAGAUAAAAAAAAAAAAGCAAUUAAAUUUUAUUCACAAAGUGAAAUCGAAAUUCGAUUAAUUUUGAAUUUUAUUAUUUGUUUUAUUUAAAAAUACUAAUAAUUACUAUUAAAAUAAUGAUUAACUAUUUUAAAUUUCAGAAAAAAAAUUAAUGAAUAAUAAUUUAAAAAAAGUAUUUAAAUUUAAAAAUAUAAUUAAACUUUUUAAUUAUUUUUUUAAUUUAUCUGCAACUGUAUAAAAUGGUAUACUUGUUUUUUUUUCUAUCAAUAAUUUGUGUGUAAUUUUUUUUUUAUAUUACAUUGUUACAAAAAAAAAAAAUAUAAAAUAAAAAAAUAAUAAUUGUUAAUACAUAUAUAUGAUAAACAUAUAAACAUAUUAUUAAAAAAAAAAAAAUGAAACCGUCCAAUAAUAAUAAUUAAAAUAAAAAGAAAUAUAUCAAAAAAAUGAUUUCGAAAUUGAUUCCCAAAUUGUUUCUAACGCAAGUGGUCAGAGAAAAUUAAGUAUAAACAAAAAUUGCUUUAUGCAUUUAGUUGUUUAAAAUUGUCUAAAUUCUCAAUCUUGUUUGAGGAUUUAUUAUUUUGUUUGUGGAAAAAUAAAAUAAAAACUUGAUAGUAAAAAUGAAA